AGGUGUAGCAGUGCUACAGGGAUUUUAGGUCUUUUGUGGAUGGUGUGGGACAUUUAUUCCACACUAAAAGGUAGAGUCACAUGGGGUAACCUCCUCGUGGUCGCAAUUAGUGGUUCUCACUCUCAGAGGGGCACCAAGUAAGUUGUGCGGGGAUUGCGGAGAGUAGCAUGAGCCUCCACAUGCUGGGAGUCUCUGCGGUGUCAUGCACAACAAACCAUGUGAUAAGAUGCGCAGAUUGACGGUCUCCGAUGCGGAGGCAAUUGGGACUUUUCCUCCACCACUCAGAUUGAGCCUCUGUGUCAAGCAGAAGUUAUUGGGAGGAGAGCUCCGGUUCCAGUCUGCCCACUCUAACAGCCUUAACCCCACGUACACUCGCUCACCAACAGCCUAGCCAACAUCUAAGCCCUCUCUGUCUCUUGCUCUCCCCUCGCCGCUGGGCACAUCUUCUCCAGCCUGUGCUUCCAGGGGGAUGUCUGUCCUCUAACUGCCUCUCUCUCCAAUAACUGAGUUAUUCCCUCUAGUAACCAGCAAAUAAUUUUGGGCACUGCUACUAUGGAAGACUAUGACGUGCCAUCAGCCGCCAGUAUCAUGGCCUCAGUCAAACAGCAGGAGGCGCGAUUAGAGUGUCUGACCAGGGCCCUUGAAGAGGAACGCCGCAAUGGCUCCCUGCAGCUGGAACGUAGCAAGCUGCCCUCUGAUAGGUUGGCGGGUGGCAGCACUGGUGUGAGCAACCAACCGCCGGCCUGGCAGCAGAUGGUCAUGCAGGAGCAGAGCCCCAGUAACCAGACAUCACUGGCCAUGAUGCAGGAACCCCCGGAGGUUGUAGAAGAGACAGUAACCAUAGAGGAGGACCCUGGCACACCCACCUCUCAUGUUUCUGUGGUUACCUCAGAAGACGGGACCACACGCCGCACAGAGACCAAGGACAAUUCGACUAAUGUGAAGGUAACCAAGAUGGUCAAGACAGUGACAACACGGACUGUUCGACAGGUGCCACUGGGUCCAGAUGGCCUCCCUCUUCCAGAAGGUUCAUCUCCACUGGGGAGCUACACCGACUCCAUUGAUCGCCGCUAUUUGAGGAACGGUGAUCGCUUCAUCACACCCCAGGCCACCUCCACCCUCACACGCUCCUUCAACAAUUACAGUGAUUCAUACAAUGACACUCCAGACAGCCAAUAUCGUCAUUACGGCCUUCACGAUGGAUACGGAGACAUGCCCGACAACUACGGAAGCCUCUCACGUGGAGUCAAUUACAGGCCUUAUCGGCCCUACAUGCCAGGUGGAUAUCGGCCUGAGAACAGCUACACUCUCCCCAUUCGCAAGGAUGACUAUGGGCAUGUGGCACAGCCCCAGGUACCUAUGGGCAGUAGCACUGUGGAUCUCAAUCGUUCUCAGCCGGAACGCUUUCAUCCGGAGCCUUAUGGCCUGGAGGAUGACCGCCGAAGUCUAGGUCCUGACGAUGAAGAGCCUUAUGAUCUAGAGCCUGAUUAUUCUACAGUUAACCGUCGCACGCUGCCUGGACGUGCCAUUCGAGAGCCGCUACGCAAUGGCCCUCGUGUAAGAGGCUACGAGGACCCUGUAGAGGCUGAAUUUAUUGAUGAAAGACACCCCUACAUCCAUGGCAUGUACCCAGCUCCCCUUGCCCAACCUGAGAGGGGCAGCAUGGCCAGUCUGGACCGCAUGGGUGGCCGUCGCUCCCCCUCGAUCGACAGUAUUCGCAAAGACUCUCGCUGGAGGGACCCUGACUUAACUGAGGUCAUCGCCAUGCUAGGCCACCCCAUCGAUCCCGUCAAGUCUAAUGCAGCCGCCUACCUACAGCACCUCUGCUAUGAGAAUGACAAAAUAAAGAAGGACAUCAGGCAGCUCAAGGGGAUCCCAGUGCUGGUGGGCUUGUUGGAUCACCCAAAAGCUGAAGUCCAUCGUAAGGCCUGCGGAGCUCUGAGGAACAUCUCCUAUGGCAAGGACCAUGAUAACAAGGUGGCCAUCAAGAACUGUGAUGGUAUUCCCACUCUCAUUCGUCUGCUGAGAAAAACCAACGACAUGGAAGUUCGUGAACUCAUCACAGGAACACUUUGGAACUUAUCAUCCUAUGAGCCUCUGAAGAUGGUGAUUAUUAACCACGGACUUCAAACGAUGACUAACGAGGUCAUCGUCCCUCAUUCUGGCUGGGAACACGAGCCCAAUGAGGACUCAAAGCCACGCGAUGCAGAAUGGACCACCGUCUUCAAGAACACAUCAGGAUGUUUAAGGAAUGUGAGUUCAGAUGGUGCAGAGGCGCGAAGACGGUUGCGAGAGUGUGAGGGGCUGGUAGAUGCCUUGCUGCAUGCACUGUUGUCUGCUGUUGGAAAGAAGGACAUGAACAACAAGUCUGUGGAGAAUUGUGUUUGCAUCAUGAGGAAUCUGUCCUACCACGUGCACAAGGAGGUUCCAGGGGCAGAGAAGUUCCAGGAGCCUUCGGCUCUUCAGGGCCCUGGCUCUGCCAGCACUCAGAGAAAGAAGAAAGAUGAUGCAGGUUGCUUUGGGGGAAAGAAGGCCAAAGAGGAAUGGUUUAAUCAAGGGAGGAAAAACGGAGAGCAUGACAAAAACUAUGAUACGCUGGACCUACCCAAGCGCACAGAACCCACUAGAGGUUUUGAGUUACUGUACCAGCCCGAGGUGGUUCGUCUCUACCUGUCCCUCCUGACAGAAAGCCAGAACUAUAACACACUAGAAGCAGCAGCCGGAGCUCUACAGAACCUCAGCGCUGGACAGUGGACAUGGUCGAACUAUAUCCGGGCGACAGUGCGUAAGGAGAAAGGGUUGCCUAUACUUGUGGAACUUCUGCGCUCUGACUCAGACAAGGUGGUGCGAGCUGUGGCCAUCGCUUUGAGGAACCUGUCCAUUGACCACCGCAACAAAGAUCUAAUAGGCAGUUACGCCAUGAGGGACUUGGUUAGCAACCUGCCCAGCGGACAGCAGCGACCAGCCAAGAACCUGGAGGAGGACACAGUGGUGGCUAUCCUCAACACCAUCCAUGAAAUCAUAACAGACUGCUCUGAAAAUGCUCGCUCCCUCGUUACUGCUCAAGCAAUCGACAAACUAGUGUCCAUCAAUAGGACCAGCCAAUCAGCAAGGGAGACCAAAGCUGCAUCCCAUGUACUACAGACGGUUUGGAGCUAUAAGGAGCUGAGAAACGCCCUGAUCAAGGAUGGCUGGAAUAAAACGCACUUCCAGCUUUUAGCUACUGGCACUCCCAAAGGAUCCAAGAACUGCAAGCCUGGCUAUGACGACACUACACUGCCUUUGAUGGAGAAGAACCAAGAUGGCUAUACGACGAUUGACCAGAGAGACAAAGACUCCAAGUACAAAAGUAGUGACGGCUCGUCGGAUCUGCAGGAGCGGGAGCCAUUAAAGAAUGACACAAAUAGGAAACACUAUAUCAGGAGCAACAGGCCUGCUGUCAGUCUGAUGGAUGCUUGUGAUGUUAAACCUCAGCCUGUUGACUCCUGGGUCUAAAUGCAUGCAUGGCUUAGCUAGCAACAGCGCAACAUCUUUACCACACAAGGAUUUCAUGUGUCACCACUGCCAUUAACCCCAGAGCUCACCGUGAUGUGGACUCAUCUGAAGAAUUUGCCUAAAAAAGUGAGAGAGAAAUUUUCAUUCACAUCCAAUAUUUUGUGAAAAGUGGAAAGAAAAUAAACUAUUUAAAAAGAAAGAAAAAAAAAAACACCACUUCUCAUAUAUACAUUCCCACUGGAUGAAGUGUACCUUGAACUGAGGAUCUGGAUUGAGUGUACAGGAAGUGCUGUCAUGGACGUGGACGUGUAUUGGAAAUAGUUGGAUUUCGGGAAAGAGGAAAUAUAAAAACAUUUAAAUAAAAACUCUACAUAUUUUUUAUGUCAAAACUAAAAAAUAAGUUUUUCCUCUAUUGUUUUUGUUGUAUGUUUCUGCCUGAUUACUGUUUGUUUGUGGAUUUACCCAACCCCCCCACCCCAGAAGUUCAGUGAAUUGUGAAAUUUGUUCCAUUUUGUAGAGUUUUAAUGACGCUUUUGGUUUUCAAAAUUGGUGUGCUGAUGUGGUCAGUGGAAGAUACUUGUCAAAAGAGGAAAAGUACGUUUUUUUCGUUGAUUACAAGGGUGUGGGUGCACAUAUGAAGUCUGGGGGUUCUUUCUCGAAAUGCACGCUUUUGCAAUUUUCUGUGUGCUAUAGCUUUAUAAAGCAACUUUAAAGACAUAUUAUCACUGUGUUCAUUUCUUCUCACUGAGAACUGUUUUACAAAAGCAGGGAUUUACCCUGCAUGAUGACAUCUGCAUAUAGCUGAGCUGAUAAAAGCAGAGCUGCUAUGCUUGAACUAUUAUUUGGUCUGCUGAUCCUGUAUUCCCAGAAGCAUGCUGGGUUACACUGACUCUUCAGCUAUUGGUUGACAUUUUUAUGGUUUAUUUAAUAUGGGGUAAAGGGGGGUUGACACCUGUUAAUAUGUAGAUUGUAGAAAGAAGGAUAGGAGGAUUCACCUGCUCCUGUUGUCAUAAAAGUAGAUUUUAAAAGCAUUUUAUAUUUUUGUUGUUUUAUAAAUGUAUAUUAGGUCAUAAAAGUUCAAAUAGGGACAAAAUAUUUCACACUCUUCUAAUGGUCUUUAUACAUUGAUAGAUGUGUAUCAAUAACAGUUUGUUUAGAGCACAUUCAGUAUUCAGUAAAUAUAGUCAUUUUUGUUUAAAAAUUAUAAUAUAAUAGAAAUAUCAUUGCCUAAACAUGCAUCAAAGACUGUCAUUCUCGUGGUCUAUUUAUAUUUGAUAUUUUAAAUUGUAUUCUAUCAUUUUAAAUAGAAGCAUAUAUCUUUAGUGUUCUUUUACAGUUGGAAGACUUGAUCAAAAUUAUCUGGUUGGGAGGGGGGAGGGGGGCGGAAUCAGGGAUAGAAACUUCCUUUCGUUUCAUCUUUGGUGUAAAAAGUUAUGCAAGACAAUAUACUUUGACAUCAAAAAUGUAUCUUGAAAUUAACAAAAACAGGCAUGACUAAUGUUUUAAUGUUGUUUUCACUGUUUUCCAGUAAUCAUUUUAUGUACUUGUAAAUUGGAUAUUACAUCAUGGAAAUCAGGAAGAACGCAAUUGGUGUAAAUAUUUCCACUGGCAGAGCAUCAGCCUGUAUAGAAAUCCAUAGUUAACUCUUAAUAGCAGUUUUUGGACUGCCCUAAAAAGGGACGACCAUUUAAAUAUCAAGGAGGACAAAUUAUUUUGUUUUUACUCUCAUAAUAUGAGGUAAGCAUCACGUGUCUGCACCGUCAUCUAAUUUCUGUCACGCAACUCUAUAUAACUCUCUAUAGCAAUUUUGUUUUUACCAGUGUUUUAACAGAAAAUUCAAAUAACAAUAUAACUGUGUAAUAGAUUCAAUAAUAAAAAUAAAAAAAAUGAAAAUGUUGUGGACAUCCGUGUCGAUAAAUGUAGCCUCAUGUAUUACAUUUGAUUGUCUGUUCCUGACUGCCUUUUCUGCUGAAUACAACCAAAGGAUUGUGGUACCGUGUAGUACAACAGGUUCCCAGAGUAUGAAUUUGCAUCAGAUUGUAUAUUUAUAGAAAGAAACUGAUGUUGGAAUCAAGAGAAUCCUACCUUUUGUAGAUAUCACCACUUCAAAAGCAUCAGAAUUAAGUAUGUGUACAACUUGGUAGCAAAUGUGUUUGUAACUAUCAUGUGCCUUAACCUUUUUCCAUGUUUGGUGAAAAAGAUAAAUGUGUUUUAUAUGUUUUAUUGGUCCCUAACCACUGUCUUUCUCUAUAUCUCUCCUUCUCUUUCUCUGUCUUUUAUGUACUAACACACUCCUCCCCUCAAUUUCACUCACUGUGUUCUCAAAGUAGUCUAGACUGGUGGUGGGUUUUGCCUGGUCUUACAUUGUAUUAUAAACUUUUAAAGAUAGAGACACUAAAAGGGUUUGAUUAUAUAGUUGUUAAUGCUUUCCUAGCACUCAAGAACAAUGCCACAGUGACAGAAUGUAUUGUUAAUUUUACUAAUACCCAGAAGAGAGAUUUGCUCUUGUUAAAGAAAAUUACAGGUUUGUAGAGUAUCACUUUGGUGUGUUUUCAAUAAAUCAUGCCUGAAAGAGUGUCUUGUGUGUUUAAUAUACAUUAUACAUUCCGGGGAUCCACCCCACCCCCUUUUAUAAACAAACAGUUUAUUAUUUGAUC